AUAAAACUUAUUUAACUUCCAUUGUUUUUGGGUCUUAACUUAAUUAUCAUUUUUCAAGAGCAUCUAGCACAUCACCACACUUUGUGUGCUGGAUUAGUCUGUCAAAAGCAACUUCUCGGUGCCAUCAUCAUCAUCAUUAUUUGGAAUCUAAUUCACUUCAUAUUAUUAUCAUAAUCAUACAAUGUAUUCAUCCAUGAACACAUUUCACUAUCUCUCUAUAAAUUCUUCUUCUUCUUCUCAUUUCACUUCAUAUAUAGAAUCUCCACAUACUCUUAAUUAUUUAACUUCCCUAUGGCGUUCUCUAGAACCUUCACUGCCUAUACACUUCUCUUCUCACUUAUCCUUUUUAACAUGGUUGGAGCUCACCAGACAAGCAUCUAUGGAGCUACAUCACAAUCCCCUCUUCCCCAAACAAUAGAUUGCAAGGUGGCAUGUGAAGGAAGGUGCAAAGUAUCAUCAAGGCCAAACCUAUGCAAUAGAGCUUGUGGUAGCUGUUGUGCGGUGUGCAAGUGUGUCCCUCCUGGCACUGCGGGAAACUUUGACUCAUGUGCUUGUUAUGGCAAACUCACCACUCGUAACCAAAUUCGCAAGUGUCCUUGAUUUAACAAUUAUAUCGCGAGAAAGAGAAAUGACAAUGUAACACUUUCUUUCAUAUUUUUUCUUUUUAAUGAUUUCAUUACUUAAUUAAAGAGAUAAUAGAAUAUGUAUUAUGUUUACAUUGUCAAUUAAUAAAACAACGUAUAUUUUAUUAAA